AUAACGAAGAAUCUGUUCCAUUGCGCUGGGACCAGGAUCCUUGCAGUCUCGACCUCCCGCCCCUCGGAUGGCCGAGAUCAAUUGCGAAUCGCACCUUGCCGACACCGUCUCGCGCCAUCGUCUUCCUUGACAUCCAUAAACAUAUAAACAUGUGGGUAUCUACAGGAUGGACUCGCAGACGCGCCAGAGAACCAGAACUACCACGAGUCUGUGUUGAAUAAUCGUCAAACACCAUGUCUCUGCUACCUCAAAGCGCCGGUUAUGCGACCAUCCUGGUCGGGGGCGCGUUCUUUGCCGUACUCAUGAACGUCGUCACUUGGGUGCAGAAACGAUACACAAACUUUGACCCUGCAAGGGUGGAAGAGUUCUCUUCGGCUUCUAGAUCCGUCAAGACUGGAAUGCUGUCUGUCGGCGUCACGUCCGCUUGGGUAUGGGCUGCGGUCUUCCUGCAGACAGGGACACUCACAUACCUUUAUGGCGUGUCCAUCCCUUGGUGGUUCGGAAUGGGUGGCUUUGUUGAGAUUGCCGCUUUCGCAUUUGUCUCCUCGAAAAUCAAGGCAAACGCCAGCGGCGCCUCGACGUAUCUUCAAGUGGCCAAGGUACGCUUCGGCACUGCUGGUCAUCUUGCCUACAUGUUCGCCGCUCUUGUUGCAAACUUUGUGGUCGGCAGCGAAAUCCUCAUCGGUGGAGCUGGAGUCAUCACUGGCAUGACGGGUAUCAGCGAGUAUGCCGGCAUCUGGCUGUUGCCCCUGGUCAUCGUUGCCUACGUCCUGACCGGUGGUCUUCGAGCCACUUUCGUGGCGGACUAUCUUCACUGCUGCAUUCUCUUCUCAUGCCUGCUUGUUCUUGUUCUGGCAACCUACACAAGAGGCGACGUCAUUGGAUCCCCCAGCAAGCUCUACGACCUCCUCCUCGAUGCAUCCAAGACGACACCAGCAGUGGGGAAUGGGCAUGAGUCCUACCUCUCGUUCCGCAGUGAGGGUGGUAUGUACUAUGCUGUGACGGCGGCAACAUCUUUCUUCGGACUGUCAUUUUGUGACCAGUCAUAUUGGCAGCGAAGCAUCGCAGCUCGUCCGGCCGGUACCAGCAAGUCUUUCAUCUUCGCUGGCUGCUUCUUUUUCUCCGUCGCCCUGGGGAUCGGAUCCUCCAUGGGCUUGGCCGCAAGGGCUCUUGCGACGAACCCAGCCUUCCCGGCCUACCCGGACGGCCUGACUACAGCAGAGCUUGGUGCAGGUCUCGCUGGCCCAUUUGCAAGUGUGACUAUCCUCGGCAAGGCCGGGCCAGCGAUGUACACUGUUAUCGCGUUUAUGGCAACCACGUCGGCACUGUCUGCUCAACUGGUUGCGGUGUCGACGAUUUUCUCUUAUGAUGUCUAUCGGGAGUAUUUCAACAAGGCUGCCACGAAUGUCCAGAUGAUGAGAGUCAAUCAUGCCGUGGUCAUCCUUUGGGCCAUCUUCCUCGCCAGCAUCGACACUGCGUUCGCGUACAUUGGCCUCAACCUCAACUUUCUCUUCUACCUGAUGGCGGUGUGCACAUCGGGCGCCGUUUUCCCAAUCGGCCUCUUGAUGUGCUGGACCCGGCUGAACAAGGCUGGCGCCAUCUUCGGGGUCAUGGGCGGUUUGGUCAUGGGUAUGGUGGCAUGGCUCGUCACCUGUGUCACAACUCAGGGGACGAUAUCUGUGACGACUCUGACCGCCAGUAAGGUCAUCCUCUCUGGUUCCUUGUCGGCCUUGGGCAGUGGGGCUAUCAUAUCGAUAGUACUGUCUCUCAUAAAGCCCGCCUCCUUCGACUUUGAACUCACCAGAGCCAUUGGCCGUGGCGCUGCGGUCCCGGAACCAGUAAGCCCGACGACCGGGCCGACCGAAAAGGUACCCCACCACAACCAGAGUCACGUUGCUGGGUCAAAGGACUUAGCAUACGAGCCUGCACUUCGGUCGGUGGAAGGCGGAGGUCAGACCACCGAGGCCGAUGCGAAGUACGCCGAAGAAGUGGUCAAACUCGAAGCGUCGCAGACUCGCUUCCGUAUCAUCACUGGACUCUUUCUGCUUGUCAUUCUCGUCCUCAUUCCCGCUCCGCUCGCCGGCACCGCCGUCAUCUACCCGAAGGGUCUCUUCAUUCUUCAGUGCGUGGCCGCGGCCACAUUUGUGUUCGUCAGUCUGAUUCUGAUCGUAUCUGUGAGUGUCCCUCUUCUGUUUUGUAGCAAUAGCGACUAAUGCGUGAAUACUAGUGGCCACUAUUCGAGUCACGAAAGGAGCUCGCAAUCAUCUUUGGUCGAAUUGCCCGCAACGAGCG